AUGAACCUUGCACCGACAGGUGGGCCCGGCCUGGGACAGUGGGUCCCGCAUCCACGCUUCAUCUUCAUCGGCAACUUCUCCGCCCUCUCCUCGCUUCCUGUGCACGCACCACCGCUGUCGACUGACACCAUUGACCCCAAGGGGAAGCAAAAGGCAAGCAUCCCGUCGGCAAGCUCCCCUCCUCGCUCCUCAUCGUCGUCAAGCGACGGUUCCGAUGCGCCGCCAGCGUCGUCCGUCCGGCGCAGCGGGUAUCCCUCGCCGUCGGCGAAGCGGCAAUGCCCUGGCAUCGACCCGGCGGCCUCGGCGGUUCCGCCGCCGCCGCCACCGCCACCGCGCGGUUCAGCUGGCAAUGGCCCCGGCCAUCGAGCUCCCUCGCCGCUGCCGCCGCCGCAGGGACAUGUCGAGGAGCCCCUGCGGUUCUCUAAAAGGUUUGCAGCCAGCGGCUAG